GGUUCAUCCACUGCGCCUUGGAAGACCUCGUGACAAAAAAGUUUGGAGCGGACACAUGGAAGAUGCUUCUGGAGAAGUCUGGAAUCACGAUGCACGGUGCCUCUUUCCUGAUGCACAAAGUGUACACGGACGACAUGACGCUCAAACUGGUGGCCGCAGCCUGCGAGGUGCUCGGCCUGGAUCUAGACACAUGUCUAGAAGCGUUCGGGGAACACUUCCUGUACUUCUGUCAGCAGCACGGCUACGAUCACAUCCUGCGUGUCCUAGGUUCCAACAUGGCCGACUUUCUGACGAACCUGGACAAUCUGCACGACCACCUGGCCUCCACCUAUCCAGGAAUGCGAGCUCCCUCGUUCCGUGUAACACCAGGUCCCAGCGGUCAAAUACUGCUACACUACUACAGUGGACAGGAAAGAGUUCGGAGACAGAGCUCACGUGACUAUGGAGGUGACCGAGCAGAAGAAGGAAGGCAAGAGCUGCCUGCUUCCAAGCAACGCAUCCGAGACGCUGAGCAACUGGCCAGAGGACCUGCCCAUAGGCGUGCGGACAAUGUGCACGGCAUUCCCGUUUCCACGUGUUGUUCGGGCCGUGACUUCGGCAUCAUGCAGGCCGGCAACGGAUUGCUACGGCUAGCCGGUCCCGUUGGAAGGAGAGUCGCGCUCAGGGAGGACGCCGCCUCAAGUUCGGACGACGUCUUCGAGAUCACGCGGCCCGUCAUUGAUUGCACCUUCGAGUCCAUACGCAGCUAUUGCAACCAGGUUUUCGUUGUGCAGACUAAAGAAGGCGUGCUCAAGCCUCGAGGGUCUGAUAACUCGGAGCACGACGGCGGAGACGGCUCGAGCCCUCCGGUUCUACGACUCAAGGGUCAGAUGGUGUCGGUGGAAGAGACGCACAGCAUCCUGUUCUUGUGUUCACCGCGCGUGAAGGACAUCGACGACAUGCAGCGAAUAGGGUUGUUCUUCAGCGAUCUUGCCAUUCACGACCCUGCCAGGGAGCUGUUCCUGCGCUCUCAUCACCAUCGCGGAGAGCGGGAGCUGAUCGAGAAGCUUGACGAGGCCACCAACAGACUGCGCAUGUUACAGUCCAAACUGGAUGAGGACAAGAAACGAACCGAGGAGCUACUUCAUUCUAUACUGCCAUCUAAAGUAGCCAAGCUCCUCUGCCAGAACCUGCCCGUGGAGGCCGAGAAGUUCGAGACGGUCUCGUGUCUCUUCUCAGACAUCGUGGGUUUCACAAACAUGUGCGGUAGCUGCGCGCCCAUGGAUAUCGUGCGGCUGCUCAACAAGCUGUACUUGCAGUUCGACAACCUCUCCAAUGUGCACGGAGUCUACAAAGUGGAGACCAUUGGGGACGCGUACGUGGUUGUGGCCGGGGUGCCGGACUUCGUGGAGGACCACGCUGACCGGCUUGUCGCGAUGGGGCUCGACAUGAUUACUGCCACGAAGAGCGUGCUCAACCCCGUCAGUGGAGAGCCAAUUCAAAUGCGAAUCGGCGUGCACACGGGUUACGCAACGGCUGGCGUGGUCGGAAAGACGAUGCCUCGCUACUGCCUGUUCGGCAACACCGUUACUCUGGCCAACAAGACCGAAAGCCUGUCCAAGCCUUCUAGGGUCAAUGUCACACAGGUGGCGCGGAGGUAA